CCGAAGCCACAGUCCGUCACUGCGCCAUCUCAGUGCAGGAGACCGCAGCUCUGUUUGCGCUCAAAGGACGAUCUAUCUCACUAUUUGAACCAUUUUACAGAAACGACACAUUUUGCUCUUAAAGGUCGUGUAAAAUCGAAGCGCAUUGAAGGUCCACGGCACAGCUCCACACAGACGCAGGCUUCAGACGACCCCCUGCGAUAUCAUGGAUCGCUCGCCCACCUCCUCCAGCCUCAUGGCCAGCAGCAAUGUCACCAACAAAAACGACCCGCGCUCCCUCAACUCUCGCGUCUUCAUCGGGAACCUCAACACGCUGCUCGUCACCAAGGCCGACGUGGAGGCCAUUUUCUCCAAAUACGGGAAGAUUGUGGGCUGCUCCGUGCACAAGGGCUACGCCUUCGUCCAGUAUGCCAACGAGAGGAACGCACGAUCAGCUGUGGCCGGAGAGGACGGAAGAAUGAUUGUGGGGCAGGUCCUCGAUAUAAAUUUGGCGGGUGAGCCCAAACCACACCGGUCAAAAACCACUAAGCGCUCAGCAGGAGACAUGUACAGCAGUUCCUCGUUUGACCUCGACUAUGACUUUCAAAGAGAUUAUUAUGACAGCCGUCUUGCGGACCGCUCUCCUGAUGAUGCAGAUAUAAAGUAUUUAAAAAUGUACUCGUACCCCUCUCGUGUGCCCGCCCCUCCCCCUCCUCUGUCCCGAGCCGUGAUCCCGUCCAAACGCCCCAGAGUGAGUCUGAGCGGAGGCAGCAGCCGAAGGACGAAGAGUAGCAGCUUCUCUUCCUCCAAGAGCAGCCAGCGCACCUCCUCCAGAACCAGCUUCCCAGUGAAAGUGGAUGAGCUGCAGACCAUCAAACGGGAGCUGACUCAGAUCAAGAGUAAAGUGGACGACCUUCUGGACUCACUGGAGCGGAUGGAGAAGGACCACAGCAAGAAGUCAGACGGUAAAAGCAGCAAGACUGAGCCGGGGGAGGUGACGUCUCCUCCUCACUCCAGUAAAAACAUGGAUCUGAAGAGAGACAGAGACAGCCAAGAACUCAAUGACUCAGAGGAGGAAGAGGAGGAGGAGGAGGAGGGAGACCUGCUGGAAGAAGAAGAGGUGAAGAGUCAGGGGCGCGAGGAUGAGGAAGAGGAGGAGGAGGGGGAGCACGUGGAGGGAGACGACGACGGCGACAGCGUGAACGGAGACGACUCUUAAACAUAAACAACACAACUGAGCAUGCUCCGAAACACACCCCUACUGAGCAUGCUCCAAACCACAGCCGCUACUGAGCGCGCUCCAACCGGGCCAGCCCUCUCUCCGCGAAAAACAACCAUCCACUCAGAUAAACUGACUUGAAACCACUAAAUUUUACUGCAUUUUAAUAGUUUCUAACUUAGAUUUCCACUACUUCUUAAAUCAAGUUUGUUUGUCUCAAUAUUCGGAUACGAAUCUGAAAUGAAAUUUUUAAUACUCCAUUGGCUGUUUUGUUAAAACUGUAUUCAAACCAGUUGAACACAUUGUGAAAUCAGUCAAAACAAAAGCAUAAUGUUGAAGGUGCACAAUGUAACUUUUCAGGUGUUGGGUCUCCAUGGAGAUGUGGAGUGCUUUGAUCGGAAUGUUCCACAGUAUCGCAUUUAACGUAUCAAACCCAUGGAGACAAGAGUUGCAGUUUGUAAUAAACGCACAACAAAUAUGUUUAAUGCCAGACUGUGGAACAUUUCAGGCAAAGCAAAACAGUUUUAUGGAUACAGGUAGCUGACCUUCCACCAAAAAAAUAUUUCAAUAAACCUUCCAAGAUGCAAUUGGAAAGUUCACAUUGUACAGUUCACACUUCAAAACAAACAAAAAAAAACAUUGGACUUGCUAUUUUGCUGAUGCUUAGAUUAUAAAGAAAGAUUUUUAAAAGUGAUAAAAAAUAAUAUUAACAUUUGAAGUACAGAAUCUAAAUUGGCCUAAGAUUCAAAUUCGGAGUUCAGGUCUUUUUAUCUGUUUGUUUGGUUCUGUUUUGCGGUGCACUCAUUGUAGAUACAGCUGCUCAAAUGAAGCAUGCGGCUCCUUCGCUCUCCUCUUUUGGGCCUACACUGCAAAAUUCAACAUCUACGGACUUUAAAUCACUUGAAUUCAGAGCAACGAUCUUGAUUUGAGUUUGUGAUUAGGGCUGCACAAAAUGAGACAAAAAUCUGAAAUUCAACAGCUAUUUUACCGUAAUACAGAUUGAUUUGUGAUGGUAGUGCGUGUUUUUAUCUGUGUUGUAGUUCGGUUUUUGACAUGGCGAGUUCAGUUUCAUUUAAAGAUUCACUGCGUAACUUUACCACCUACCAAGUCUUUAACUUCUUUAAUUUACAUUGUGUUCCCAAGCAUUAAGAUGGUCCACAAUUAUUACUGGAAAAACAAAUUACUAAAGUUAUAGGUGCAGUAUUUAACUUUCAUCUAGCAUUUACAGUCUAUUUGUACUUGUGAGUGGGCUUGCCUCUCCGCAGAUCUGACCUGUAACUUAGCCUGGUUCAUGUUAAGUUAAUGCGAUACUUUGGAACAUUUCAGGCAAAGCAUUAAUCUAUGUAGACAAGAAGUGCCAGGCAAAACUUUCCUGCUUAAGACUGGGAUUUUGGAUUAAAUUUAUUAGUGAGCUUUGUCAAAAUCAAAACUUUGUCUAAAGCAGGAUUCAAACAAACAUAAAAAAUGAUGGGUAGAUAAAUUUAAAGCGGACCUAUCAUGCAAAAUCUACUUUUUACAGCUUUUAGCCAUGUUCUAGGUGUUUCUCCUUCUCAUUUACUCGCUUGAAGUUGUAUUUGGAGUGAUUCGUGCAGGUUUGAAUCAUUUAUUUUCAAGACUCAUUUUGCAGAUAAACUCGCAUUUUCCUCGUUCCUAGUACACGCCUGCUGUCACGUACUUACUUCGCUCUUCAGUUUUAUUUUCCUAACCUGUCAUACACGUAGGAUUGGGUAGCAUCGCGUCGUCGUUUUGGUACAAAUGAGAAAAACACUCCUACUCGCUCGUGCGAUCUCCAGCUGUCCAUCAGAGGGGCCGACAGCUACACGGCGCUUUGUUGUGAUGACGUUUACGGCGACGUCAGCUCCCAUUGGGCACGGAAAUCUGCGCACUUGUUUCUUUUAUGAAUGUGUCGUCGUAGAAUAUGGGUGAUAAUCCACUGGUGUCGUAGAUUCUAACUAUAUAAGAGGAACAAGCACAAUAGGUCUUCUUAAUUUCAGAUAUUGCUUUAUCUGGUCAUAAUAUUUUUGUGAAACGUUGUGCAGCCCUUUUCAUGACUAGUGAAUAUUUUCUUGUAUUUAUUUUCCUAUUAAAUUGUGUAACUUAUUUCUGUAUAUUUCCCAUUAUUUUUAAGCUGGUGAUACUCUCCCUGUAUAAAAAAAGCUUUAUUUUAUUUUUUUUGUUACUCCACUGACAGAUAUUGUACUGAAGUCAAAUCCUGUAAAGUGCACUGUGUAACUUUUUGGUUGGGGGUCACCUGCUCGUUUCUAUGGAGACGUCAUUGCUCUGCCUGAAAUGUUCCACAGUGUGACAUUAAACAGCUCUACUUUACGUUUAUUCAAUUACAGGUGGUUUUAGAGCUCAAAAAUACCACAGAUCUGACCUGUAACUUGGUCCGGUUUGGUCUCCGUGAAGAUGGAAAGAUAAUUUAAUGCCAUACUGCGAAACAUUCCAGACAAAGCAAUAACAUCUCCAUGGAGAAAAGCAUUUGAAGAACCCUCCACCAGGAAAGUUACACAAUGCAGCUUUUAAAAUGGGUUUAAAACUUGUCUAAUAGGAAAAAGUCCUCAAGUCAUGAUUCUGAAUUGAAGUAGUUUUAACUUUUUGUAGAUAUAUUGUUUUGCAUUGUGACGACAUUGUACCAGAGAUUUAGCUGUAGUUCAUGUUUUUACCGGGGUCACGGAGGGUCAAAGUUAGAGGCGAAAUCUCAACGGACGCGAUUCAGAGAAGUGUUUUUAGCUUUGAGGAAAAAAAUCUGAAUGUUUUUCGCUCUUUGUCGUCGUCAAAUCGUGUGUCUCUGUUUGUCUGUUUUUAUACUGUUUGAUUUCAGUUUGACUGUAAAGGAAUAAAUUGCAAUAAAAUGUGAAAAUUAAACUUGAA